GCUGGUCUUGCGUUUCGCAGUCGUGUCCUUUUUAGAUCCGCGUCAGCUUUUUGGUCUCUCUUCUCAAGUUUUGACCAAAUCACACAUCGGCUGUCUGCUGGACGUCAGCGUGAAGAAGGACUUCAGGGUUUCAGCUCGUAUCGGGACAAAGUGAACAAAAUGCCUGGACCAGCAGCAAGUGCAACCAACGUUGGGGCGUCUGGCCGUUCCCCCAGCAAGACCGUGGCCCCCCGAGCAGCAGCAGGUUCCACAGUCAGACAGAGGAAAGCCACCAGCAGCGGCACUCGCAGCGGCGGUAGGACCACCGGAUCGGCGGGCACUGGCGGCAUGUGGCGCUUCUACACCGAAGACUCGCCAGGCCUCAAAGUCGGUCCGGUGCCGGUUCUGGUGAUGAGUCUGCUGUUCAUCGCAUCCGUCUUCAUGCUCCACAUCUGGGGGAAGUACACCCGCUCUUAAUCCGCCCGACCACCUCCGACCCUCGGCUUCUUAAAUCUCUGGACCUGGACCAAACAACAGCCCCGUUUCCCUUCAACACCAUCACUACGACGACACACACAUAUUGGAUUUUUGUGUGUGUGUGUGUUUCAGUACAUAAUCUGCAUCAGACUUUGGUAACCACCCGGUUGCUUCUUCCCAUCACUCUACGAUUUUUUGUUUUUUUUUACAUUCGAUGGGGUGAAUUGGACGAAGCCACACCGCUGCCGCACCGGUUCUCGGUGCAGGAUCUGCCGGUGGACAUUGUUGUUUUCAGGCCCCCCCAACAAGCAUUUCUCCCUGUAGCCUGAGUUUCAUUUUUUGUUAACAGCAUUUGUACAAAAUGUUAUUGUAAUAUUGUACAAUAAAAAAAAAAAGUGAAAACUAA